UGAGGCCCAACCUUUCCCAACUUUCAAAGCGCUCUGUGUGACCUGGUGAUUCGCCCAAUGGAAGCGGCGGACUCCCAAGGAGAUCCGCGCUUGCACCUACAGGUGAAGAAUACAUUUUUGGACGUGCAGACCCAUGAGGAAAUGGAACGAAGAUACCCACGAAUGCGAAGCAAGAGUUGGGAUGGGUCUACCUCGUCCUCCAACAGCUGCUCUGGAACAGGUGACUCUGACAUGGGCCCAGAGCAAUACGGCUAUGGGGCCUAUGCUGGUUACAGUGGCCUGGGGGCACGUCAGGAGCCUCCUCAGGACGCCCAUCCCGGCCAUCACUGGGUCGUUCAAGAGAAUUCCUCAUCAGCUUCGGUCUCGGACUCUGCGGGCGAAACGGCCCAAUCAUACAGGGACUUCAUGUGGGAGCUGGAGAGAGGACAGCGUGAUGCAGGGAUUCCUGUGCCGCGUGAGGCCCAGCAAGCACCUGAGGUCAAGGCGACGCCACAAUCCGAGCCAGAUGCUGAUGAUGAUUUCCAGCCUGAGUAUGGACAAUCUGUUGGCUCCAAGGGUCAUGGAAGAGGUAAAUGCACUCCGUGCACGCGAGUGCUUGUGAGACCUGGCUGUGAGUACGGUGCUCGGUGCAUGUUCUGUCACCUGGAGCACUCCAGUCAGACGGACACUAAGAAGAGCAGACAUAGGCCUUGCAAAGCAGCAAGGCAGCAAUACAAACAAACCAUACAGAAGAUUGCACAGGAGUACAAGGACAAACCGGAGCAAAAGCAAAAGGCUCUCGGGAAGAUUGCUGAUGCCAGUCCUUACAUGCGAAGCCUUCUCAAAGGAAUGGGCGAAGCAGAGGAUGGAGACGAGGGCGACGUGCAAGCAAGCCAAGCGGCUGGGUCCGCGGACAUGCCCAGGGUUCCCGGGCUGCAGCCGGCUAGCUCAACAAGCCCACCCGUGAAGGAUCGAAAAACCUUGAUCUCCCUGUGAGAAGAUCAAGAGCGCAGGUGGCGAACGGAACGAGUCGAGUCCCUGAAAGCCGGUGUUGAACAUCCGGUGAACAGUGGCCUUCACGCAUCAGCGUGUGAGAACGGCCCGCGUGACCCGCCUAUCCAAUAAUCCAAUAGUUACAGCUGCCAUGCUGCUGAAAACAACGUGAGAUAUCAGCAUCACCAGUUGUGAGUCUAGACUGACAUAACCUUUUCCAUCCCUUUUUCCAUUGCAGAAUGAGAUGUCCAACAUGAAUCAUCAUGAACCUGAACGAACCACCUUGGUGUGCACAGCAGAGUGACACCCUGGUAGCGCACUUUCUCCCCCACAGCGAUACGAAGCACCAGGGAAACUCCUUGGACCUGAUUACCGCUGACACAGGAGGGCGAUUGUUCAUGGCAGACGGCUUGCUCCUGGUAGUAAGGAUGCGGUCCAGUCGCGUUCCUAUCCCCUCCGCCUCUUCGGCUUGACCAAGGGCGGACAGAGCCAGUGGUAUGCGACCUUGCACAUCAUGGGCUUUGAAAGGAAAAUCAUAAUACAGGAUGUGGGAUGUG